UAGAUCAGAAACGUGCAUUAAUUAUAUUAAUGAACAACCCAGACAUUUAUAGUGAUUUAUGGUCACUAUUUGAUUAACGUUCUAUACAUGACCUGUCAUAAAAGGUAUUUUUUAGCCAGUACUACAAUCGGCAAUGAUAGUCUGUAUUGCAUACAUAUUCCAACGUCUAUUAUCGAUUCGCUUCCUCAAACUGAACAAAUAUUUAAUGUUUACAUCGCGAAACGUAAUGCAUCCAGUUUCACUUUCGGUUUGGUUGGUUUUGUAAACACCGUAAUUUCAUCUUAAAAAUUGGAUGAUAGGGUGAUUAAAUAAUAAUGGAAAAGUAAAUCACUUGGAUAAUAGGUCAAAAUGCAACACAAAUGAACGGUAAUAGUGCUAUUAAUAUCAAAGUUUCGGUAAAAAGUUUGGCGCUAGUUCAACGCGCAUCGUAUACAGCCUCAUAACAAUAGACUGACAACCUUUUGGGUAGUAAAGUAGUAAUACAAGGCAAUAUGGCGACCGUUAGCUACAAGGCCUAUCUUACGGAGGAAUCCGAGAUAGCCGAUGUAUCACGAUUGCAACGGCUAUUAUUUGUUAAACUGCUCCGGUUCAUUUGAACAGCAGGGGUGCGCUCGUAACCGUGUUCUGGAUGUGAUUCACAGCUGUUCUUUGUUACGAACGCUUAAGUACAAUGUUCCGGACAUGUAAAAUCUGUGCCCGCGAAAUAGGAGGAACAGUCGGAACAAAGAUGGCGUCACCAUGUGCUUCGAAGAUAUUAUACAAGUGCAAUUGCGGUGUUUUUUUUUACACAUUAGAGUCUGCCCGUGACCACCAGUGUCAGAAAGGGAAGUUUGUCCAAGAGAUUGAACAUACAAGCAGUUCAAAGACCAUGUUCCAAUGUGAAGACUGUGAAUGUUUCUUCACAGAUAUGGAUGUUUUCAAAACCCAUGCGUGUGUCACAAACCAGAAAAGUCCAGCACAAAGUGUGUUUUCUGAAGAAGGUAAUGACACUAACAAUAACCAGGUGUGGAACAAGGCCCAAACGCAACUACUGAUUAGGUCCUAUCAGUUGCUUGAGGCAAAAGUUUCACAGGGCAAACUUAGGAAAAAAAGUAUGUGGGAAAAGAUAUCGGAAGAAAUGAGAGAAAAGGGUUACAAUUUUUCAGCUGAACAAGUCAGUGGAAGGUGGAAGACCCUAAUAAGGGCCUACAAAAACAUUAAAGCACACAAUGCUAAAUCAGGUAGUAGUCUUAAGACCUACCAGUUUGAAAAUGAAUUGGACGAGAUAUUUGCAAAAGAUCCGGUCAUGACGCCUGUAAAAACAAUGUCAUCUGCCAGUCAAGUCGAAGAAAGUAGUGAAGAUGACCAGAUGGAACUUACAAAAAAAGGUCAAGUAGUGAAGAAGACAGCGACAAAAAUAAACAUCCAGCGAAAAAGUCUAAGUCUAAAGUCUCAGGUAGUCAGCAAAUGGUGCAGAUGUUACAGAGCUUUAUAGUCGACCAAGCUCAGAGAGAAAGAGAGGAGGCAGAGAGGACAGAGAGGAGGCAUGAAGAGCGGAUGCAGCUCAUGAGGGGUUUAGUAGAUGCGAUAAAGCAAUCAGCGCCCCAAGCUCCAACGAAGAACAGGAAUAAUUAAACACUUAGUAUUGUGUGAUAUGUAUGGACAAAGCCAGGGAUGUUGUCUUGGUUCCAUGUGGACACAUGGUGUGUUGUUGCAGCUGUGCCAGAAAGUUGGACAAACAGUGCCCUUUGUGUAGAAAAACAUUUAAUCAAACUGUUAAGGUUUUUAAAAAUUGAUUAUCCAAGCUUUUUGAGUGCCCACAUGGUUUUGUCACAGUUUUCCUAUUAUUAACCCUUUACCACUUAGGUACGUAUUUUGAUGCUUUUGUAGUCCCCUAGAAAGUUAAAUUUAAUUAACGACCUUUCUUACUAGAUUCAAAUUUGUAUGCUUCAUUUCCAACCCAUAGAUACUGAUGAGCAGCAAACUGCAUAAAACCUGAACAGUCUGCGAGUUACUUGCAGGCUGUUCUGGUUUUAUGCUGUUCACACAGCAUUUUCACUUCGCUUCUGAGUGAAAAGGGUUAAUAUAGUAGUUAAGUUUUGGAGAAACGCUUUAUGAAAAUAUGUUUCCUAAAUCAACAAUACAAUCCUUAUGCUUUCAUAAAAUAGGACAAGUUUUGAGUUGUAUUUCUGAUUUUCUACCAACAAUAACAAUACGAAUUUAAAAACAUGGCAGUUGAUACAAAAUUUUACACAACUUGUAUGGGUAAUUAAGCAAACCAUUUCUGUCAUUUCUCUGACAGGCAUCAUAGGAAUGUAUACCAAUAAUA